UUGUUUUUGCUGUGUUUUAUAUGUGAUCUUUGCAAUGACAUACAUCUGAAAAUAAAGUGAAACAUAUCCCACUUUGUUCUAGAUUAGAUUUGGCGGUAUUGCUCUGUUUUUCUAUAAAUAUUUUUUUCAAUAACAUUUGAAUUUGUCAGCUGACAACUUCUGAAUUCAGAAAAAGUCUGCCUCUGCAAAAAAAAUGAAUUAAAAUGUUAUUUUAAAAUUCACAGUUCAUUUUAAAUUUACAUUAAGGAAAUUGCAGCGUGAAAAAAUUUACUGUAAAAAUGUUUAUUUUUUUUAUUUUGGUGCCUGCAUUUACACAUUCUACCGUAGGCCUAUAUUUCAUAUUGAUUUAAUAUACCAGCCUAUUUGUACUGCUUAAAUAUGAUUUGUACCUUAAAACAUAUAAUAUAACCUCGAUAAUAAAAGUACAGGUGGUACAGGCCACAUUGUGCUUUCUUUGAACAGUGGGUUAAAAACAUAGGCUAUAGACAGUGCACAGUUACAUAAAGACAAAACACUAUCAAGAUAACAAACUACAAUAAUAAGAAAGAACUAGAAUGAAACGCCAUUUUGCUGUUUUUCAUCUUAAAUUAUAAUUCUUACAAAAACAUGUAGGCUACUCUACAAUUACGAGUAGCUAUUGUCUUGUUGGGUAUAAUACAGAUUUUCUCUGCAAAUUAUUUGAUCAUUCAUACCUUUCUAGCUAUAUCAAGUUCUAGCUACAUUCUACAAUUAAGUAGGCCUAAUAACAUGAAAACAUUGUUGUCUGUUAAAUUGUCUCCCUUAACUUAAACUUACAGUUAAAGAACGUUUUUUUUUCUUUAGUAUUUUUAUUUUAUUCCCUUUAAAACUAUGAAUAUUUUGCAGCGUUGCCUGUCUUCUUUCCUUAGUAUAAUUCCCGCACUUCCGUUUACUAGUGAGCGUUUAGUCACCACGGCAACCGUAACACUUCCUCACAUGGCUGGUUACCUAUGGCUAGAACAGCAAGCUCGCUAACUAUUAUGACUGAAGAACUUGACGAAGAGGUUUUAGACAGUCUUGCAGAAAUCGAAAAACUGUAUACGGUAUUUGAUGGAGCGUCGCAAGAAGAUGUGUCAUAUGCGAAGGUUUUCUGGAACUCCCUUUCCUUACAGCCUCCAAUAGAGUCUCGUCUCGUUUCUGCUGACAUUAGGCAGCGGUUAAAAGUUGCGAAGACCCCGCAAUCCACAAAUGCUGCCGCAAAGCAAGCGCCAUGGUCAAAGAGGGAUGAUGAAAUCCAGCAGGAUGUUUAUAUGAAGCAAAAGCAAGAGGAGAGACAGAAAUACAUAGAGAUGGCCAAGGAACGAGACCAGAUUAUUUCCCUUCUGAAAAAGCAGAGAGAUGAGCGAAUUAAGAAGGAGAUGAUUUCCUACCAACACAAACCAAGAAAAGGCAACCCAGUAGAAAAAAGAUUGGCUCCAAAGACACUUUCACCAUCAACGGAUGAGGACCAGAAAGAAGUUCAGAAGCUCCAGUAAACAUAUUGAUGAAAUUAAACACUAGUCCAUGAACAACAUAAUGUGUCUUUUUACCAUAGACACACGUUCAAGAAGUUUACUUAAAAUGCACCUUUAGCAUUUGUGUAGGCUAUAUCAUAUAAUUUUUUUUAACACUUUAUUAAUAGGCCUAUCUGAAGACUGGUGCACUGUAUAGGCUACUUGUAAACUGUUAUGUAAUUUGUUCAUAUCUAUACAAAUAAAAGCCCAUGGAGUGUUAGUUACUGUCA